UUUUGUUUUGCAAAGUGUACAGUAGUAGAGGAGAGGACCAUGUAUCUCCCGAGCUGCGUGCUCCUGAGGGGAAAAGUCAGCAAUGGAAGAUAUAAAUAUAAUACCAAGGAAGAGUACCAUGGAAGAAAAUUGUACUUGUAUUUCCUAUUUCCCGUUCAAUUUUGAUUUGGCAGAGAAAUGGCAUCAUCAUCCGAUUUAUUUGAGCAGAACGCUUGCGAUUUCUCUACGGAAGGAACCCCAGAUUCCGAUAGGGAUUUCUGGAACUUAAUGUCCACUUCGAGAAGAGAGAGUGAUUGGGGACAUGUUUUGUUGAGGAAGAAGAGCAAGAAGAAUAAGAGGCUGAAAAUAGAUGUGAGUAGUACAGGUGGUAGUUCUGGAGUCAACAGUACUUCGAGUGAACUUUCAGAAGCUCUCUCCGCUAUCUCUGCACAUCUAAGUUUAUCAUCUUCUUCUUCUGGAACACGAAAAGACGGGACGGAGAAUGAGGAUGAGGAGCUGAUAUGGAAAGUUGUUGAAGAUUUGCAGAUUGAGACUGCUUGGAAUGAGAAACAAAAUGAAUCUUCUUUUGAUGCAAGAGAACCAACUAGAGAAGAUAAUUUUAUGGCCCCACCAGCAAUUGGGAUGGAAUUCUCUUCUGAGCAGGAAGUUCUUGAGUUCUAUCAAAUUUAUGCUAAAGAAACAGGGUUUAGUGUGAGAAAAGGAAAAGUCCAACGGCUGUCUAACGGAAACUUAAGAAAAAAGUACUACUUUUGUUCAAAAGAAGGGAUUAAACAAUCAAACAAGAAAGCCAAGUACAAGAGAAGAGAAACAAGAACAGGUUGCCAUGCCAGGAUUCAGUGUACAAUAAAAGAUGGAAAAUGGGUGAUCUCACAAUUCUUUCAAGAUCAUAACCAUCCCCUUAGUGGAAAAGAAGCUGUGCACAGACAGUGCACACAAAAAUCAAGAACUCCAAAUCAAGAUUCUUCACUUAUCUCAACUCGAACAAUUCUGGACACCAGGCUUCUAGGAAAAGAGAAUGCAGUGUCCAAAUUAGUAGAAUAUGAGAAGUCUGGAAUGUCUUUGAUAACAGAAUGAGCAAACGCCUCA